AAAAUAUUUAAAUCUAAUUUCGCGCCCCAUAUACAACAAACGAUGGCAUGUCCAGCGAUGCUACCCAACACCAGCGAUGACGGGCUUUUCCUCCUGGAGGUAUUAAUAGAUAAAAUAAGAUUCGCAAAAAACUUCAAUUACGAUCAAAAAUACAAAAUAAGUGUCGUAGUCCAAUGUGUUUUCGUGGAUCCUUUCGAAAUAGGCGCCGACGAAUCUGAAUGCAAUGCCUUUUGGACCGACGACGGCUCGCACGUGGUGGCCCUUAACAUCGGAAAGUCUUGCUUAUUUUCUCUUAAAGAAUAUGAUAUAUUUACCGCCAUGAGAAAAUUUCCGAUUAAAAUAACUGUCUACAUAACACUUCCGUCUGGGUUUCCACCACAUAGAUUCGUCGUAGGAGAAGCUACUAUUGACAUGACAAAAGAAUUUGUUCAAACGAGGAACAAACACAAAGAAGACCCCAACAAUGUCAGUUACCAAGCUUUGAAAGAUUCUUUUUGUAUAGUUGGAGCAGAAGGUGUAGAGGCUGGUGAAGUAUCAAUGUUUCUGCGGAUAUCUUGCUUCGGUAAAUUGAUUGUCACUCGGUUUCAAGGAUUCGCGUGUCCUCCGCCAUCAAAUCCUGGUAGUCGCGUUUCUCGCGAUUGUGCCGCACUUGGCACUUGUACAUCCAGAGAUUUACAGAUUUAUCAGAUAACUGAGACGGCCCCAAGUCCGCAACAAGGAAAUAGAUUGAAAGGUCAACCGUGUACAACAGAAGGACAUGCCCCAGGUGGAAUAUGCCCUCCAGCUCGAGAUCCCUACAACAGUAAGCCAUGCGAAGAACCUGAUGACCCUUGUUACUGCACGGGCCCUAAGAAACCACAAAAAACAAAAUUAGCUUGUCGGAACACUGAUCCAUACUGUUUACAUAUACCGAAAGGUAACCUGCCGAGUUUGCUGUUGUACCACGAGUUAACAGAAGAAAAUACACAGGAAAUUGGAAACACGAGUACGGAGACGAUGCAACGGCAUAUAGACGGUAUUCAAAGUUUAUUUCAAGACAAAUCGACAGUGAACGAGCUUCUAAGGAUAUGUAAAGACGAUGAACAGUUUCUUCCAGAAUUCUCACACGCAAUACCGGAUUGGAGUUCAAAAAAACAAGUUUUUUCAAAUUCUCUGUUACUAAAUCAGGAAGGUCGUGGUUCAAAUACUACAAAUAUUUCGGGUAACGUGACAAAUUUUUACAGUCACUUGAAUGAACGUAAAAAUUUAGCAUUAUUUAGCCAAAACGAGACUUGUGUUUACAUGACCUUAUGCACCGCUGACAACCAUCGUAGAAACUCAGAAACACAAGCCACUGCUACAAUUAAUAAAUGCCUCCAGGUCCACGGUGAUACUUUGAAAUCCAUCACAUUCAUACCAAGUAACAUGGGGGUAGACACUGGUUUUAAUUAUUGGAAUUUUACCUCUGCCACUACAGAAAAUUAUAACUUAAUGUCAUUAGAACCGAGUUCUGUUGGUGAUGACAUACCUCUAUAUUUCCUGGGGCUGGGAAAGAAAAAACUAAAAUUGAAGUCUAGUGUAUCUACGGAAUCAGAAGCAAAAACGCCUUGGCCACAAAAAUCCGAGUUUAAUACUCAAAUGCACCGCAAUAAACAAAAAGAGACAGAUCGUCAUCCACUGAACGUCUUUCUAAAUCGAUCAAUCAUUAAUCAAAAUCAAUCAAUUUAUCAAAAUCAAGCGACCGAAAUGAGUGAAAAUCCUUGUGUAAAUCCUUUUAAAACCGAGAUUUGGUGUCAAACUGGCAGUUGUAAACCACGAACGUGUACAGACUUGGUAGCAACUGUAUCACACGUUAAAAUAAAGCCACCAAAAGUUUGUUCAGUACACGACAAGGACCCAUGUAACGUUUUCAAAUCUUGCAUAAACUAUCCUCCCAAUGACGAUGAUAAAGCACCAGUUAUAGUUACAACAGGAGCAAAUCCUCGCAGGGGAGUAUUCGAGGUUGUUAUACGCAGAUUAAAUGGAGCUCCCCUCGCUAAAAAUGAGCUAACACUUGAAUGGACUCCACCCUCAAGCAGACCAUGCGGAGCUCCUUGUCCACUGCCAUGCUUUUUUCCCAACACAUGUCGCCCUACAAAAUGUAAAACGAUAGUUUGUCGCGCUCCACCCUGUAAGCCAUUUAAGUGCUGUAUGAAAAUAUGCAAACGACCAUGCGGUCCAAUACCACGACCGUGUGGUCUAAGACCGUGUGGUCCAGUGCCGUGUGGUUCAAUGCCAUGUGGCCCAAUGCCUUGUGGUAUAACUUGUCCUAAGAAAUUCUAUCCACCACCAUGUCGGCCGAGCACACCACGGCUUUGUUUACCCGCAUGUCAGUCAGCGCCACCACUGCUUUGUCCAUCGCUGCCAUGUCCAUCACGGCCGUGUCCACCGCGGCCAUGUCGAUUACCUCAACCCUGCUUGUCACCAUGUAGCUCACCCUGCUAUGGUCGUCCGUGCCAAAGCUCGCCAUGCUGUGAAUAUCUAUGGCCCAGCAUACCCUGCUUCAGACCGUGUCCAGUGGGCAAGUGCCGGAAAUGGAAAAAAAAUCGUAAACAAAAAAUAAAAAAGCAUCGCAAGCAUAUUUCACCUUGUCUGAACCGCGCAGAAUAUUGUCCAGUAGUAAGCUGUCGUAACAUGUCGCCUGGAUGCGGAACAUGCGCCAGCUGUCUGCCGUGUUCCACAGCAAAAUGCUGCAGCCCAUGCAAAUCCGUGAAAUUCCCAUUUAAGCCACGAUGCUGCAGAAGCGAAUGUGCCAACUGCUGUUAAGAAUCUACCUUCAAUGUCAUAAUCAUCUCUCCAUCUUUCGAAUACAGAAGACAUAAAUGGUAAAUUGGUUUUAUUGAAAAACAUGUAUCCAGAGCUGUAUCUACCUACCUAACGAAUUUCGAACAGACUCGUACUCGUCCAAUACGUUAUAAAUUGAUCUCUGCGACAAAUACCUAGCGAAACAGUGCGCCUUCCGGUGAUACAGUAGGUACCAUGCUUUUUUAAUAAAAAUGCUUUAGUUUUAAGGGUCGCCUCAAAUUACCGCAGCUAGGCGACGACGCGACGACGCGACGCUGCGAUAUAUUAAAACGAGCUAUGCAACAUUAAAUGGCAAUCAAGAAAGAAACGGCAUACGAAGACAUUUUCCCAAAGAUAU